UGCUAUACCGGGUUGCAUUAUACAAAGUGUGGUGCCAGGUUGUGGUACACAAAGUGCGUUACCGGGUUGUAUUACACAAAGUGCUAUGCCAGGUUGUGUCACACAAAGUGCUGUACCAGGUUGCAUUACACAAAGUGCUGUGCUGGGUUGUAUUACACAAAGUGCUGUACCAGGUUGUAUUACACAAAAUGCUGUGCCAGGUUGUGUUACACAAAGUGCUGUGCCAGGUUAUGUAUGCCAGGACUUCAAUUCAGACACUUAUUUAGUUAAUGAAGCAAUGGAUGAUACGGAACCAGAGGAUAUUGAUAGUCUAUCGGAUUCUGUGAAUUUGGCUUUGUAA